UUUAUACAUUUUCAGCGUCAUUCGGCUUUGGUCAGGAAUUUUCAGUCGUUUUUGAGAAAAAGUGUCUGUAAAUGAUGCAGAUUCAUCAACGUGUGGUGAUUUAAGGAUGGAAGAGGAUAAUAAUAAUAAACCUGCACGCGAAAUGAAGGCGAUUUAUUGACCGUGAAAUUGAAUAUUGACUAAAUAAAUAGUGAAAAAAAGUGAAUCAAAAUAGCGCAGCGACUUUGCAAAAAUACGCAUGUGAAUUAGCUAUAAUAUCCGCCAUUGUGAAGUUGGACACGACGGAACCAAGUAGUAAAGAUAUUAAGAAGAACGAACAAGAAGAAGAAGAAGACGAGAAAGGCUGGCAGAAAAUAGCUUGGUGGUGAUUGUGAUUGCGCACACGCAAAAAUGAAAAUCGCGAAAUAAUAAAUUGAAUAUUUUAACGUGAAGAAGAGAAAAUUGCAGAUUUAGUGUGGAAAUAUGCAAUAAAUAGUUGGCCAAUGAGAUUGUUGGUGCAGCUCAGCCUAAGAUUUGAGUGUAUUGAUGAAAUAAUUAAUGAAAAAUAAUUGACAAAGUGGGCAGGCAACAGAGAAGCAGUAGUGCGGCAGCAGCGGCAGCCCAGCAGCAAAGUAAAACACCAUCUCUGGCUACAUGAUUUAAAAGGCUAGGGAGGAACGGAAAAAAAGAGAGGAGAAGGAGCAGUGUUCCAUUCGAAUGGAAAGAGGAGGCGAAUAAAAAGAAGAAGAGGAGUAACAACGGUGGCGACGAGACCAACAUCUCUUGCGACGACAACGUCUGCAGCAUUGAACGACGACCGACGUUUCCGUCAGAAAGCCUCCUAAGAAACGGUGAAAGAGAAGAAAAUAAAAGAAGCGAACAAGAAGACGACGGACGACGACUUUUUUACGGAAAUACUAUUCCCGGGAGGUGGAGAUCGUAUUGGAAACAAACAUCUCCAUUGCCCCCUAAACUUUAUCUUCUGAUACAAUAAUACCCCAUUGGUUUGGCAAGCAGCACUGUAUAUCAGAGAUCACCACUAUCUUUGUCACAAAAAGCAAACCAUCGCCGCCGUGCUAUUGUUUUACUACUUAGUUCUACGCAAACAGAAAAAUGUAUCCUGCACCGGUCCGGCACCCUUCGGCGGGGGGACCACCACCCCAAGGACCAUUAAAAUUUACCAUAGUAGACACAUUGGAACGCAUCAAGGAAGAAUUCAACUUUUUGCAAGCUCAGUAUCAUACACUAAAACUGGAGUGCGAAAAAUUGGCUAACGAAAAAACAGAAAUGCAGCGUCACUAUGUGAUGUACUAUGAAAUGUCAUAUGGAUUAAAUGUCGAAAUGCAUAAACAGACGGAAAUCGCCAAACGGUUAAACACAUUAAUCAAUCAGUUGCUGCCCUUUUUGCAAGCCGACCAUCAGCAGCAGGUCCUGCAGGCCGUUGAACGUGCGAAACAAGUAACCAUGCAGGACCUAAACCUAAUAAUCGGGCAGCAACAUCAGCAAGGAAUGCAACAGCUUCUUCAACAAAUACACGUGCAGCAGGUACCGGGAGGCCCACCACAGCCCAUGGGUGCUUUGGGACCGCUGGGAGGACCGUUUGGGGCCUUGGGCGCUUCAAUGGGUUUGCCUCAUGGACCACAAGGCUUGCUGAAAGCGCCUCCAGAACAUCAUCGACCAGACAUAAAGCCAACAGGCUUGGAAGGCCCUGCGAGUGCUGAGGAACGAUUGCGCAACUCGGUUUCUCCCGCAGAUCGUGAAAAGUAUCGCACACGCUCUCCCCUCGACAUAGAAAACGACACUAAACGUCCCAAGCAAGAGAAAUUGGAGGAUGAAGGAGAGAAAAGCGACCAAGAUUUAGUCGUAGAUGUUGCAAAUGAAAUGGAAUCACAUUCACCUCGUCCCAAUGGCGAACACAUGUCCAUGGAGGGUCGAGACAGAGAAAGCUUAAAUGGGGAGCGUUUGGAUAAACCGGGUAGUAGCGGCGUUAAGCCGCCCUCAGAUAGACCCCCAUCACGUUCUGGCUCUAGUUCGUCACGUUCAACACCCAGCCUUAAGACAAAAGAUAUGGACAAGCCUGGUACACCGGGGGCUAAAGCUCGAACUCCCACUCCCAAUGCAGCGCCACCAGCACAGGGUGUCAAUCCCAAACAAAUGAUGCCACAAGGAGGCCCUCCGCCUGCUGGCUAUCCAGCGUCUCCAUAUCAGCGUCCCGCUGAUCCUUACCAGAGACCACCCUCCGAUCCUGCAUAUGGAAGGCCACCGCCUCUACCUUAUGAUCCACAUGCGCACGUGAGAACUAAUGGCAUUCCACAUCCGACUGCGCUUACCGGUGGAAAGCCUGCUUAUUCCUUCCAUAUGAACGGUGAAGGCAGCUUACAGCCUGUUCCCUUCCCUCCUGACGCUCUUGUGGGCGUGGGUAUACCAAGACAUGCACGUCAAAUAAAUACCUUAUCGCAUGGUGAAGUUGUGUGUGCAGUGACCAUUUCGAAUCCCACGAAGUAUGUUUAUACCGGAGGCAAGGGUUGCGUUAAAGUUUGGGACAUUUCACAACCUGGGAACAAGAGUCCAAUUAGUCAGUUGGAUUGUUUGCAGCGCGACAACUACAUUCGUUCAGUUAAACUACUGCCUGACGGAAGAACACUAAUUGUAGGCGGUGAAGCGUCAAAUCUGUCAAUCUGGGAUUUGGCCAGCCCCACACCGCGGAUAAAAGCAGAAUUAACCUCAUCGGCACCUGCUUGCUAUGCCCUGGCAAUUAGUCCGGACUCGAAGGUAUGCUUUUCGUGUUGCAGCGACGGCAACAUAGCGGUGUGGGACUUGCACAACGAAAUAUUGGUGCGUCAAUUCCAAGGUCACACAGAUGGCGCCUCUUGCAUCGACAUAAGUCCGGACGGUUCCCGCCUCUGGACCGGCGGACUGGACAAUACGGUGCGCUCAUGGGAUCUGCGCGAAGGUCGUCAGCUGCAGCAGCACGAUUUCAGUUCACAGAUAUUUUCACUGGGCUACUGUCCAACAGGUGACUGGCUGGCGGUUGGCAUGGAGAAUUCACAUGUUGAGGUAUUACAUGCGUCGAAGCCAGAUAAAUAUCAACUACACCUUCACGAGAGUUGUGUAUUAUCCCUUCGGUUUGCCACGUGCGGCAAAUGGUUUGUGUCCACCGGCAAAGAUAAUUUACUCAAUGCUUGGAGAACACCGUACGGUGCAAGCAUAUUCCAGUCAAAGGAGACUUCCUCGGUACUUAGCUGCGACAUAUCCACUGACGACAAGUACAUUGUGACGGGAUCCGGAGAUAAGAAAGCGACAGUCUACGAAGUAAUCUACUAAAACGGUCUCCAAACAGAUAUCUUCACAAAAAUUGAAUAUACAAACGACAACUAUUGGGGGUUUUCAAUUAUAAAUUGUAUCUUUUGUAUUUCACAUUUUUGUACUCUUCGGAUGAUGAUGAUUACAUGUGUUGAUUUGAUAGUUUCGAGGAAAUACACUACUACAAUCUAGGA